AUGCACAUGCUCGCUCUCCUCACCGUCCUCUGGGCGUUCCUCACUCCCAUGGUCACCGGCUACGCUCACGGCCGCUGCUCCUUCCACGCCCAGAUCAACCAGUUCUGCUACAAGCACCCUGACAACACCUGGGACACCGCAACCCACCUCAAGAUGCCCUACAUCAAGGAUAACGACCACAAAGUCAUCACCGUGCCAGCCGGAGGCCAGCCGGUGCCGGUCGCGGCCCUUGAGGGAUGGCGCAUCAAGGGUCUCGACAAGGACUUGUGGACGCGUUGGGAGCCGUAUGGUCCGCCGUUGGGUGGCAAGGAGGCCUUUACCUAUGGCGAGAGCCAGUGCAUGUUCAACAGUGCGGACGGAAAGGACAAGAAUAAGUGUGGGGACUGCAGCUGGGGCAAGUGGACGAAGGGGGACUUGCAUUGCUCCGAAGGCAAGAUUCCGUUCGAUUGGCGAACCUCCGACAUGGAUUGCUCCUUCAACUGCUGA